AUGCUGCACCUGCACCAGCACAGUCCACUUGUCUCUCGGCAUGGUGCGAUUUGUCCACCGACUAGGGUUGCUUGUUCUUGCAUAUGUAACAAGGCAAACAGCAGAACCACUGCUUCGCAAUCGACCAACAAUGCGAAGUUGCUCCUCCUGCGGGGGUGGUCUUCUACAAGGCGGCGAAUCACCACUGUUGACAGUGGCCAGUCAGUACCAGGAUACACACCUGAUGAUGGCGAUCAAUGCCUUGAAACAGGCAACAACAUCUCUUUUGCUACCGUAAAGGACGCUGUCAUCAGCCUGAAUUCUGUGGGUGUCAGAAGUGAGCUAAUUCUUCUAGCUCUACCAGCAGUCUUGGGUCAAGCUAUUGAUCCAAUGGCGCAACUUAUGGAGACUGCAUACAUUGGUAGAUUAGGUGCAUUGGAAUUGGCAUCGGCUGGUAUUGGUAUGUCAAUUUUUAAUAUUGUGUCAAAGAUCUUCAACAUUCCACUGUUGAGCAUUGCAACCUCAUUUGUGGCAGAGGAUAUUUCUAGGAGUGCUACCAAGCAUCCUAGUUCAGGCAAAUUGGAGUUGACAUCUGUAUCAUCUGCCCUGAUCUUAGCUGCUGGAAUUGGUAUAAUGGAAGCAUUAGCAUUGUUCCUAGGAUCAGGAUUGUUUCUUCAACUAAUGGGCGUGUCACCUGUCUCUCCAAUGUAUAGACCUGCGAAACUCUUUCUUUCAUUGAGAGCUCUCGGAGCACCUGCAAAUGUGAUUAUGUUGGCAGUCCAAGGUAUCUUUCGGGGAUUCAAGGAUACAAAGACUCCGGUGCUUUAUAUAGGUUUGGGCAAUCUUUCCGCUGUAGCCCUUCUUCCUCUACUUAUAUAUGGCUUUCAGCUUGGCAUAACUGGUGCUGCAAUUUCUACAGUUGUGUCCCAGUACAUUAUUACUGUUCUUCUUCUUCGGUCUCUAAGUAAAAAAGCUGUUUUGCUUCCUCCGGGAAUAGAUCAGUUAGAGUUUGGUGGAUAUCUAAAAUCUGGUGGCAUGCUGUUGGGAAGAACUCUUUCAAUUCUGUUAACUAUGACCAUUGGUACAUCAAUGGCUGCUCGGCAAGGCCCAACAGCGAUGGCCGCUCAUCAGAUUUGUUUGCAAGUAUGGCUUGCUGUAUCUUUGCUUGCAGACGCUUUAGCUGUUUCUGCCCAGGCGCUGAUAGCAAGCUCUUAUGCAAUAUUGGACUACAAAAGGGUUCAAAAGAUAGCAAUGUUUGCAUUGCAGAUAGGAGUGUUUAGUGGAUUAGCUUUGGCCAUUGGAUUGUAUGCCUCAUUUGGCAAUAUAGCUAGACUAUUUACCAGUGACCCAGAGGUCCUAAUGGUUGUCAAAUCUUGUGCAUUGUUUGUCUGUGCCAGUCAACCAAUUAAUGCCCUGGCCUUCAUCUUUGACGGUCUACACUAUGGUGUAUCAGAUUUUGACUAUGUUGCUCAAGCUACUAUUGUGGUUGGUGUUAUGUCUUCACUCGUCCUGUUAUGGGCUCCAUCUGUAUUUGGCCUGGCUGGAGUUUGGGCUGGCUACGGCAUGGAGUGCAGUGGCUUCAUGAGAGAAUGCGGCGUGCGGCUGGCGGCGGCCGGGUACGGCGUGUUCGGGAUGGACUACGAGGGUCACGGCAAGUCCAUGGGCGCGCGCUGCUACAUCCGCAGCUUCCGCCGCCUCGUCGACGACUGCAGCCAUUUCUUCAAGUCCAUCUGCGAGCUUGAGGAGUACCGGGGCAAGAGCCGGUUCCUGUACGGCGAGUCCAUGGGCGGCGCGGUGGCGCUGCUGCUGCACAGGAAGGACCCCGCCUUCUGGGACGGUGCCGUCCUCGUCGCGCCGAUGUGCAAGAUAUCAGAGAAGGUGAAGCCGCACCCUGUGGUGAUCACGCUCCUGACGCAGGUGGAGGACGUGAUCCCCAAGUGGAAGAUCGUGCCCACCAAGCAGGACGUCAUCGACGCCGCCUUCAAGGACCCCGUCAAGCGUGAAAAGAUCAGGAGAAACAGGCUGAUCUACCAGGACAAGCCACGGCUCAAGACUGCGCUGGAGAUGCUCAGGACCAGCAUGUACAUAGAAGACAGCUUGUCACAGGUGAAGCUGCCGUUCUUCGUGCUGCACGGCGAGGCCGACACGGUGACGGACCCGGAGGUGAGCCGCGCCCUGUACGAGCGCGCGGCCAGUGCUGACAAGACCAUCAAGCUCUACCCGGGGAUGUGGCACGGCCUCACUGCUGGGGAGACCGACGAGAACGUGGAGGCCGUCUUCUCCGACAUCGUCUCCUGGCUCAACCAGCGCAGCCGGAGCUGGACCAUGGAGGACCGCUUCAGGAAGCUGGUGCCAGCGACGGCCAAGUUCAUCGAUGGUGACGACGCCGUCGACGGCAAAGCGCAGACACAAGGGCGUCCUCGGAGGCGGCGGCCGGGCCUCCUUUGCGGGCUUGCCGGCCGGACGCAUCACCAUGCAGAAAUGUGA